AUGGAACUUUUGUGUUUCGAACGGGAUACAGCCCUGAGAGCGCAGCAAGACCCUAAUAUUUUCUGUGAUGACAGAGUGUUGCAAAGCCUUCUGUCAAUUGAAGACAGAUUUCUUCCGCAGGGUCCAUAUUUUAAAUGUGUUCAAAAGGAUAUCCAGCCAUAUAUGAGACGGAUGGUUGCAACAUGGAUGUUGGAGGUUUGCGAGGAAGAGAAGUGCGAUGAAGAAGUUUUUCCUCUGGCUGUCAAUUAUCUGGACAGAUUCUUAGCUGCAGUCCCCACGAGGAAGUGCUUUCUGCAACUUUUAGCAGCAGUGUGUUUGUUCUUAGCGUCAAAAUUGAAAGCAAGUCAACCGAUUUCUGCACAUAAGCUUCGACUUUAUACAGACAAUUCAAUCACGUUACAAGAGCUGCUGGAGUGGGAACUGGUGGUCCUGGGGAAAUUGAAGUGGAACAUGGCAGCAGUUAUCCCUCAUGACUUCAUUGAGCACAUUCUCCGCAAGUUGCCAUUGCCACAUGACAGGCUACCAAUGAUCCGCAAGCAUACGCACACCUUCAUCGCCCUCUGUGCCACAGAUCACAGCUUUGCCAUGUUUCCACCUUCCAUGAUCGCCACAGGCAGUGUAGCCGCGGCAGCCUGCGGCCUGAACCUGGACCAUAGAGAAAAGGCGCUAUGGGGUGACAACCUCACAGAGCUGCUAGCCAAAAUCACCAACACUGAGGUGGACUGUCUUAAGUCUUGUCAAGAGCAGAUUGAGCAGUUGCUGGCCAGAAGUCUGAGAGAGAGCCAACAGCAGAAGCAUCAUGAUGUCACAGGGGGCAGGGUUACCACCAAGAGGGCGGAGUCUGAGGACCAAUCCUGCACUCCAACGGACGUGCGCGAUAUCAACUUAUGA